UGUCAUGAAUCUAGCUAGUUAGUUAGCUAGCCAGUUAGUAAUAGCCGCAUAGUUACUAAGUAGCGUAAAGAUGAGCGAGCUGAAGGACUGCCCCGCACUCAAAUAUUAUGACUUUAAGCCGGUGGAGCACAGCAGAGUGUGUCCGCGAUACACGGCCGUGCUGGGCCGCUCUGAGGACGAUGGCAUCGGCAUCGAGGAGCUGGACACCCUGCAACUGGAACUGGAGACACUGCUAUCUUCAGCCAGCCGUCGCCUCCGAGCCCUGGAAGAACAGAGACAGAUCCUCACAGACUGGCAGGAUAAGAAAGGAGACAAGCGUUUCCUGAAGCUGGGGAAGGAGACAGAUCUCUCAGCUACACCACGCCACUCAAAGCCCAAGAAGCAGAAAUUGGACGGAAAGGGCAGCCAUGGACCAGGGCCCGGUCCUGGACGGCCCAAAUCCAAGAACCUGCAGCCUAAGAUCCAGGAAUACGAGUUUAAUGAUGAUCCACAGGACAUACCUCGAAAUCCAAAGAAUGACGCCCCCAACAGGUUCUGGGCCUCAGUGGAGCCAUACUGUGCUGACAUCACCAAUGAGGAGAUCAGGGUAUUGGAGGAGCUGCUGAAGCCCCCAGAGGAUGAGGCAGAGUACUACAAGGUGCCUGCCCUUGGUAAACACUACUCCCAGCGCUGGGCUCAGGAAGACCUGCUUGAGGAGCAGAGGGAUGGUGCCAGGGCCAAUGACAAGAAGAAAGGCAUUAUGGGACCUCUGUCAGAACUGGAUGCCAAGGAUGUGGAUGCGCUGCUUAAGAAGUCGGAGUCCCAGCACGAUCCCCCAGAUGAUGGGUGCCCCUUCGGUCCCCUCACACAGCGCCUCCUUCAGGCUCUAGUCGAGGAGAACAUCAUCUCUCCCAUGGAGGACUCCCCAAUCCCAGAUGUGCCAGGGAAGGAUGCUGGGAAUGAUGGGGCUAGCACCUCCCCCCGCAGCCAGGGCAAAGCCUUUAGCGUGCCACACACUCGUUCCUUGGAGGCGCGUAUCAAGGAGGAGCUGGUGUCACAGGGGCUACUGGACACAGAAGAUCGGCCGGGGACAGGGGGUGACUCUGAGGACGAAGUUCUGGCUGAGCUGCACAAGCGGCAGGCAGAGCUCAAGGCCCUGAGCGCGCACAACCGCACCCGCAAGCAGGAACUUCUGCGGCUGGCGAGGGAAGAGACACGGAAACAAGAACUGAGGCAGCGGGUUCGAGUCUCCGACAACGAGGUCAUGGAAGCCUUCCGCCGCAUCAUGGCCGCCCGGCAGAAGAAGCGCACGCCCACCAAGAAGGAGAAGGACCAGGCAUGGAAGGCUUUGAAGGAGAGGGACAGCAUCCUCAAACUACUUGACGGAUAGAGACUUGGAGGAGUGGAGAGAGGGGAAGUUAGGGGCGGGGACAAGGGUGAGGGACAGUAGUUGGGAAGGGAGGGAGAAAUACUUCCAGGACAUCGGGGUGAGGGUUCCAGCCAUUCAAAUAUCAGAGUAUGGAUUUGUGUAUCUGUUGAUUCUCUGCCAUUUGACGUAUUGUAAUGUUCUCCCUGGUCAACCAGCUCUGUCAGAGUACAUGUGAAUUAGUGAGAAUGUCCUUUCUGUUCACUAACACUGGCCUCAGUUUGCUCACAGGCAUCCUUGUUAACCUCUUCAUUACACUACCACUUAGUAUUAGUCACCAGUGUAAAUAAGAACCAGGCUUGAUGUAGAAUUAUUGUGUUGUUUCUGUAACAGCAAACAAAAAUCUGCACAGAGAAUUCAGAGUGGAUGGAUUUGCCAGUAUGUACUAAUGAUGACUAGAAGAGUGUCAGCAACUGUGUUUAAAAAGGCACUGACAUUUACCAUGGUAUCAAAAACAGAGUGGAGUCGAGUAAGACUUUGUGUGUAAUGUUGGG